UAUAAGAAUGGGCGGGAAACCGGGGCGAACUUCAAAACUCGCAGCGGCGGUGCUGCUGGUAGUCAACUUUAUUGUUAUGAUGGCGUGUGGGGCGGUGUUCGCAUUCAGCCUUUGGGUGAUCGUCUCGCCUAUCACGCUCUCGGCGGUCAUUGACAAGAUUGACAGCCCUGUGGUCAGGACCCUGUUGGCGUCACACACGUUGACUGCAUCCCUGGGUGUGGCCUUAGCGUUGCUGGCGCUGUUCAUCUUCAUCGUGGCCUUAAUGGGCUUCUGCGGAGCGGUGACACAAUCACAGUUCCUGCUUCUCAUGUAUUCGGCGCUCAUUCUGCUGCUAGUUCUGCUGGAGUGUGCGCUGUUUUAUUACUUCUCGUCUACGCUACUUGAGAAAGGACUACAAAAAGAGGAUGGACAGUGGACACACGCGCUACGCGUUGCGUUUAGCUGCUGUGAGAAUGUCAACGGAACUACAACCGUAUCUAAGCUACCAUGGUCCUGCUGUGGACUUGCCGGCAUCCCUGAUAACUGUACUGCUGGCAAUAUGUAUCAGAAGGACUGUCUACAAACUGUAGCGGUCUGGCUACGCCGCUACCAAACAGCAGCGUACGCGUCGCUAGUAGCCACACAUGUCGUAUUGUCGUCGUGUGCGUUGCUGCGACGACGGAGCUAGCGACACGCGCGCCGCGGCAGCAGCGGCGGCG